AUGAGUCCGAAUCAAUGGUCGCAGAAUUCUAAUGCGUACCACCACCUGCGACAACCGUUGGAGCCAGAUGCUGCAAUGCUUGCAGCAGCAGCAGCGGCGGCCACGUCCACGUCCACGUCCACCGACGACCGGGUGCCGGUGGUCAACAAUGGGGAGCCCAGUCUUUUUCCACUGACUGCAGCUCCCAUUCCCAAUGUGUAUUCUACGUUUUACGGCACCGACAUAGCCGGCCAGGCGCCGGCAUGCGACAGCACGACAUCUCCGAUGCAUCAGCCGGCAGCCGGUGAUGGUUAUUAUGCACUGCAAAGUUCGGUGUUUACCACACAACCUUCCACUUCCACCACUUACAAUAUGGUUGGCGACUAUGGUCAACCUCAAUUGGGUCAAUGGGACCGAGUUGCUGCACAAGCGCAUUACAAUUCAAAUGCUCGAGAACAUCCCCGGCCGCCGCCGCGCAUCAAGCGGCGCUCGUCCGAAUCUACCUCCACCUCCAGUUCGGUUUCUUCGAGUGGAUCUUCAAGUAGACCGGUGGUGAAACGGUCACGCAUGGGAUGCCUCACCUGCCGGCUGCGAAAGAAGAGAUGCUGUGAAACGCGUCCUCGAUGUGCUGAAUGCAGCCGCUUGGGACUCCUGUGCGUUUGGCCCAAACCUGGGACCGAAUACAAGAACCGACCUAAAGACCAAAAGGAAGACGAAAAGACCAUCAAUCACGAAAUCUAUGGCAAAAUCAAGGUGCUUCGUGGAAUUAUCGAGCACAAGACCAGGUAG